CGGAAUGGUAGUAACGAGUCGUCAGUCGAAGCGAUACAAUCGUUGUAUACCCAAACCGCGAAACCGUCCGCGAAACCUGCAGCUCUUUAUCCAAUCUCAUGAAAAAUGGAAUGGAGUGAAACGAGUUUUUGAAAAAAUAAAGCCACAUAUUGCAGCUAAAGUAAUUUCGCCGCACAGCAGCAGUGUCGCGAAAGGUGAAAACCGAUAGAAAGCAAAAUUGUGGUAAAGUUUUUAUUUCAUGAAAAUGAAAUAAAGAUAUUAAAAAAAGAUUACACGCGCAAUCUUCGCAAUUUGGCAAACGACAAAAAAAAAGAAACAGAAACGCCAUGUUAAACGGCGCCGGUACCGAAUAAGUGAUAAAAGGUAGAAAAACCUAGGCAAAACGAAGACAGCAACGAUGCACAUAGUGAGUGAAUAUGUAAUAUGUACGUAACCCCGAAGGGAAAUUUAGAACCAAUCAAUUACAACGGACGCGGUGCUCACCGACGAAAGUGUAAGUGAAGCCGAAAAGUGAAACGCCAAAAAUAAUCAAAAUGAACUUUUGAUCUUCGGUGGUGUAAUGUUAUAAUUCGCGCACGAAGCGUAGAGUUAAACAGCAAGUGGAAACUUAACAGGAAAAAAUCGAGAAAAAAGUGUCUGUAAAUUAAGAGUGGAAGCUAGUCGGUUGUUUUCAUAGUUUAAAAAGCUGUAAAGCUAAAGUGAGCAAACAUGUAUCGACCAAAUUUCUACGAGUCAACAUGCCUGCGGUGCAGCGAGAUUGUCUAUCAAGUGGACCGCGUGGGACCCCUCAAGGAUUUUACCUUCUUCCAUUCGGGCUGCUUCAAGUGUAAAAAAUGCGGAACCAAGCUUACACUGAAAACCUACUACAACAAUCAGCACAACCACGAUGAUAAAGAGGUGUACUGCUGCUCACAUGUACCAAAGAGUGGUCCCGGGCACUUUGACCAGACAUCAGUUGGUAUCAGGCAAGCACUAAAUGUACCUAAGAGCACAAACUACGUCAACGAGCAGAUAAGAGGUCAUCGAAACGACAGUAUCGACGGCCAACAGCGGCAAGCCACACCAAAUGGCUUCAACGGUAUCCGUGAAGGUAAUUCGCCACCGCAGACUGAUCCCGACUACAAAUAUGGGCGAUUCGAUGCCAGUGCCUUACACAUUGCCCACGCGCUCAAACAAACGGAAAUCCAAAAGGCGUACGAAAAAUCACGGGAGAAGCCGAUCGAUUAUUAUUUGGCCAGAGAAGAGCAAGCCAAGCUAGAGAUGAAGCAUCGGAAAGAGGAAGAUGAUCUAUACAGAAAAUUUGCUAGAAAACGAGAAGAAGAAGACAAACGGAUGCAAAGUGAAAUUCAGGAUGAAUGGGAACGAGAACUUCAACGGUUAGCCCACAAGUUCGAAAAAGAUAUGACUACCUCAAGACGUACCCGCGAGGACCAGAGCAUACUAACACUCAAACAUGAGCAACAAAAGGAAGAUUUGGAGAAGAACAUGACGAUUCGCAAAACGAAGAAAAAGGAAAGUCUCACGAGAAAGCUACUGGAACAUGAACGGUCAGAAACGGCAGCCCUGGUGGAUCGACAGUCAAGCGAAAUGCUGGAACUGAUCAGUGCUCGACGUAGCGAGUAUAUGCAAACCGAAAGCAUAUUUCUAGACGAUGAAUUCACCGAGGGUACGAUUACACUGGAGUAUCCCUUGGUUGCGCCUAGCCCAGCCCCACCAGCACUGAGUAAAUUUCAAAUCUACAAUGAUCCGAUUGAGUUUCAGGAUGUAGAUCAGAUCGCCAUUACCGUUGCUCAAGAAGAUCAGAAAACAUUUACUGAUCUCGUACGGCAGCUUGUUGGUCGAUGUACCUCGGACAUCGAAAAGGCCCGGACCAUAUUCAGAUGGAUUACGGUUAAGAAUCUGAACACAAUGACCUUUGACGACGACUUACGAGGAGAUACUCCAAUGGGUCUACUACGCGGCAUAAAAUUUGGAACAGAAAGCUACCACGUUCUUUUCAAAAGACUGUGCAGCUAUGCUGGGCUUCAUUGUGUAGUUAUUAAAGGAUAUUCGAAAAGUGCAGGUUACCAACCAGGAGUGAAAUUCCAAGAUUCGAGUCAUCCGAAAAAUUCUAGAUUCCGAAAUUCGUGGAAUGCAGUGUACGUGGCAGGUGCAUGGCGGUUUGUGCAAUGCAAUUGGGGUGCCCGGCAUCUGGUAAACGCAAAAGAAGCACCAAAAAGUGGCAAGGGAAAAAAUGAUAGUCUGCGAUAUGAAUACGACGAUCAUUACUUCCUUACGGAUCCCCGAGAGUUCAUCUAUGAGUUCUUCCCUUUGCAGGAGGAAUGGCAAUUGCUCAAACGACCUAUUUCCCUAAAUGAUUUCGAGAAUCUUCCGUUUGUGCGAUCGCUUUUCUUCCGAUACGGACUUCAUUUUGCUGAUGAAGGAUAUGGUGCUGUAGUUUUUACUGAUGAUACAGGUGCAGCGACAGUUCGAAUAGCUAUGCCAUCGGACAUGCAAGGAUGUUUGAUAUUCCAUUAUAAUCUUAAGUUCUACGACAGCGAAGAAGAUUCGUAUGACGGAGUAUCACUGAAACGCUUUGUCAUGCAAUCCGUAAUAAGUAACAUAGUGGCAUUCCGAGUCCAUGCGCCAUGUUCGGGUGCAUUUCUGCUGGAUAUCUUUGCAAAUGCAGUUACACCUCAAGAGUACCUGACCGGUGAACCGAUGAAAUUCAAGAGUGUUUGCAAAUUUAAGAUUUGCUGCGAAGAAUUGCAAACAGUUAUGGUGCCACUUCCCGAUUGUGCCAGUGGCGAAUGGGGACCAACCAAGGCAACUAGACUUUUCGGGCUAAUACCAAUCACUCAUCAGGAACCAUUAAUUUUCGCUGGACGAGGAAUUGAAUUACAGUUCCGCAUGUCGCGACCGUUAACAGACUUCAUGGCGACUCUGCAUAAAAAUGGUAUAGAAGAGAAGAAACUUUCAAAAUAUGUACAACACAACGUUGUAGGUGACACAAUCACUUUCAAUAUCAGUUUUCCACAAGAGGGUCAGUAUGGAUUGGAUAUCUACACGCGAGAGGUUGGAUCCAUCACAAACAACAACAACUCAUCGAACGAAAAACAUUUGCUAACACACUGCUGCAAAUAUUUGAUCAAUUCGUCCAAGAGAAAUUAACAGCUGCUACUGGGAACCAUAUGCUGUUCAUUCCAUACUGCUACAUCGUAAUUUUCGUUGCAUCACUUUGUUAUUUGUUCUUGUAAAUAUAGUUGAUAGAAAUGUUCGCUACAAGAUGAUUCUGUUUUAAUAUAAUUUUUAAUAAACUAUAGGUAUAUUUAUUUUCACGAGUAACCUGCAUAACACGCCGCAUAUUAGCGUUCAUAAAUUGAGCACCGAUGUAAAUAAUUGCCUGAUAAAUGGAUGUUUCUCAAUCGAAUAAACUGUACAUGGAUUAACUCAUCGUUGCAAA